AUGGCCGAAUGCAUCUAUGAUAUAGACGAGCCAGACGAUCUGCCCGAGAACCCAGAAUUGGUUGAGUUCUUGUGUGCAGAACCUAAUAAGCCACCACCAGAAGUCCAGGAUCCUUUGGAAGUUAUUGAUCUAGGCACGGAGGAAGAUCCAAGACCAAUUCAGAUCAGUGGUUUAUUAGGAGUUGAAGAUCGGGCCAGGAUUAUUUGUCUUUUGCAAGAGUUCAAAGAUUGUUUUGCUUGGCAUUAUACCGAGAUGCCAGGGUUAGAUCCAGCCUUUGUGGAACAUAGAAUGCCCAUCAAGGAAGGAUAUGAACCAAUAAAGAUGGCACCAGAUGACAUUCAUAAAAUAGCCUUUAGGUGUCCCAGUCAUGUGGGGGCAUAUAAGUAUCUAGUCAUGCCAUUCGGGCUCAAGAAUGCUGGCGCAACCUAUCAAAGGGCAAUGAAUGCUAUUUUUCAUGAUCUAAUUGGCCAGAGCAUGGAAGUGUAUAUUGAUGACAUCGUGGUGAAGUCUAAAACAGAAGAGCAGCAUCUAAGAGGUGUAGAAGUGAACAAAAACAAGUCUCGGGCAAUAUUGGAGUCACCUCCACCCAUCAACAAAGUACAGCUUCAGAGGCUAUUAGGCAAAAUCAACUUCUUGAGGAGAUUCAUUGCCAAUUUAGCGGGCAAAAUCCAGCCGCUGACUCCUCUAUUAAGAUUGAAGGACAAAGAGAAUUUUGAGUGGGGGCCGACCCACCAACAGGCAUUUGACAGCAUCAAAGCCUACCUAACCUCUCCACCAGUGCUGGUACCACCUCAAAUGGGGAAGCCCUUGAAGCUGUAUAUUUCUGCUUCGGAAAAAUCAAUCGGGAGUUUACUAGCCCAGAAUAAUGAAGGUGGAAAGGAGCAGGCUGUAUAUUAUCUCAGCAGAAUUCUGACCGAGCCUAUGCUAGCAGGAAGGAUCGGGAAGUGGAUUUUAGCACUGUCAGAGUUCAGUUUUCAAUAUGUCCCUCAAAGGGCAAUCAAAGGCCAGGCAAUUGCUGACUUCCUGACUGAGCAUCAAGAACCUCAAAAUGAGGUAAUCAACAUCCCGGGAAGUCUGGAGGUUACUAGUGUUUGGAUCCCAUCGAGAAGUGAUGUUUCGGGCGAAGAAGACUGGAUCCAGCAAGAAAUAAGAAGAGUAACGGGCCUCUGGAUCACACCUUGGAAGCUGUAUUUUGAUGGAUCCCACACUCAGAAGGCAGCAGGAGCUGGGAUUGUGAUUAUUAAUCCCCAAGGGGUUAAUCAUUACUACUCAUUUCUGCUCGAUUACCAGGGAAAUACUAAUAAUCGGGCAGAGUAUGAGGCUUUGAUUAUUGGUCUGGAAAUCCUAAUGGAUUUGGGAGCAACUGAGGUGGAGAUCUUUGGUGAUUCAGAAUUAGUAAUAAACCAGCUGAAUGGCGAGUUUAAGUGCAGACAUAUCACCAUGGCGGGGUACUAUAUGGCAGCGACGCAAUUAUUGAGUUUCUGGGAGUCUGAGAUAUCGGUCAAUCACGUUCCUAGGGGAUCUAACUUAGCAGCCAAUGAGAUGGCGUAA